CGUCCAUUAACCUAUUAUUAGCCAAUGAAAUACAGGAUAUGUCUGCCUCGAAAUGUGAGGAAAUGCCUCGAAAUGCGACGAAACUUGCGAGUCCGUUAGGCCACCCAACGGCAGUCUCUACGCAAGUUCAACUUGUGGCUUCUUGCGACUACUUGCGACUCCGUUUGGCCAGGGCUUUAGGAAAGCAGGUACUUUUACCAGAAAAAUACGAGAUACAUACUUUGUGUUUUAUUUCGUUUUACAGCAACUUCGUGGAAAUGAAGGAAAUGACAAAACGAAAUAUGUGAAGUUGGGCCAUGUUAUUAGGGCCCGCCAUGUUCGUGUCCGACCAAGCAGCUACUUUAAACAGAUGUGUAUGAGGAUUGAGUUGUAUGGCUGCUCUUCAAGCGGUGAGUGGGUGACCAGAAGAUCAUAGAAAUGGCGAGCUUGUGAUCUUAUUGUUAACUACUAAGAGAAAAGGAACAUACUACUCAAAAAAUAUCUAAAAUACUAAACACUUCAAAAUAUUAAAUACCACUUAGAAAAGGUUAAAACCUUGACAAAAUUAGUUAUAGGCAUAAGUGAACCUGCGAGAUUCCAAUUUAAGGAUUAAUUAUUUAUGUUCAGCGUGCUGGCUUUGUUUCUCACCUUUUUUGCCACGUUUGACCCUACAUUACUCAAUGUAAUGUGUAAAGAAUUUCCUUCUUUUCGAAGUGGGCCUUACAGAUGAGGUUUUUUGCUCUUAAGAUAAAAUUUAUCCAAAAAAAUAUGUUUAAAAAAAAUUAAUCAUUUACGUGUUUGUUUAAUUAUUUAUUAUUAUCCCUGAAAUUGAUAAGGGCUUUUCCUUUUUAUCCGGCAUAUCCAGGGCGUCAAUCGUUUACUCUGUAGAUUGAACAUAUGAACAAGAAAAAAAGCAAGUAAAUUUAUAGAUAAAGAUAUUUUUUCCUCAGAACUUUAUGCUUAUGAUUCCCUUGGAUUUGAAGUUGGAAAAAUAGCAAACCAUUCUUUGAAAGCUUCAAGCUCGUUAGACAAGCGGCACAAACCGGAAUAUGGAAGAUUAAACACCUUUAUUGAAGGUGGAGCUUGGUGUGCACGAGAGACAAAUAUCAAGCAGUACUUCCAGGUGGAUUUAAUUGAAGUACACAAGAUCACUAACAUAUUGAUGCAAGGAAGAUACUCAGGCCCCGUCGAGAUUCAAGGCUGGGUUACCAAGUUUUCCGUCACUUACAGUUACGACGGGAUCGCGUGGAGUCAACACGUGGAGGACGGAAUUGGGGUUUUUGAGGGUAACAAUGUUGAAAACAAGACAACAAAUCAUAAACUAUCUCCAUCCUUGCGCUCUCGUUUUGUUCGACUGCAUGCGAUAGAGUGGUAUCAACUGAUUUGUAUGCGGGUGGAACUAACCGGCUGUAAAGCGUGCGCGGAACCACUUGGCUUGGAGAAUGGAAAUUUACAUACAGACUAUUUAUCCGGGUCCUCAGGUAAAUAUCGUUGGGAUUAUAUCAGGCUACACGACAAUCAUCCGUGGUAUAGCGAUUCCCACCGUGACAAUCGAGAUUAUCUUCAAGUGGUUGUAACGCCUUAUGGAAGAACAGUCGCGGCGCUUGCAGUUGAAUCACACGUUGACAUGGUUACUUCAUUUACACUGAAGACAAGCGAGGAUGGGGUUGACUGGUACGAUUACAUUGUUCAUGGUAACAUUGAGGUUUUUUCGGGUUGUACAACUCAAUACCAGACGUUACGUAAGCCUCUUCCGAAGAAAAUUUGGUCACGUUAUAUCCGCCUACAUCCUCGGACAUGGAGUAAUUAUGGGCAGAUCAGCUUGGAAUUGUACGGGUGUGAAGAGUGUGCUGAGCCAUUGGGAAUGGUCAGUGGUCUCAUACCAGACUCCAGCAUCAAGGCAUCUUCUUUCAAAGAUGGCGGAGAACCUUGGCGCGCACGUUUGGGGCAUGGAUCCGGCUGGAUUCCGUCAUCUGGCUCGUCAUCAGAAUAUCUUGAGGUUGAUCUUGGGGAACCGAAAGUCAUUACGUAUAUAGAGAUUGAGGGAGAUUCCCAUCAUGAGCACUGGUUAGUUUGGUUUUUCUUGGACUACAGGAUGAACAGUGAUGAACCUUGGGAAAAUUAUCAACCUCGCGGAAGCAGUGAGAAGAUAAAAGGCUUGUAUAUGAGGAACAUGGUGAAGAAGAUGACGACAGAACAGAAACUAGAGGCAAGAUUUAUAAAGAUCAGGGUCCAAGAUUGGCAUGGAGGCAGAAGCUUAAAGCUCGAACUUUAUGGUUGUGAUAAAGUUUGCUCUGAUGAAGUCGGCAUUGGAAGCUGGUUUAUAAAAGAGUCUGCUUUCACCGCCUCUAGUUACAAGUCCUCACGCAGUUACCCAUGGAUGUCACGUCUUGGCGGAAGAGAGUCCUGGUGCCCAGCCAAACAUGACACUCAGCCCUUCUUGCAAGUGGACAUUGGAAGACUUUACAGAUUGCGGUUUAUUGCUACUCAAGGACUCUACAGUGGAUCAAAUUACAGCGCAUGGGUACAGCAAUACACCUUGGAUUUCCGGGGAGAAAAUUCGUUGUGGUUUUCAUACACUGAGAGCGGUGUUGUAAAGAUAUUUACCGGCAAUUCGGACGGGGCAUCGACUGUGAAAAACCAGCUGAAGAAUGUUACGAGUGUCAGGUACAUUCGCUUUCAUCCUAAGAAAUGGAACAUUCGCGCAUGCGUAAGGAUCGAACUGUACGGAUGCAAAGUCUUCAACGAACAGAUCUUGACACCUUUGGGGAUGAGCGACCACCGAAUCGCUGACAGCAAUAUCUUCGCCUCGGACAGCUUUGAGUCAGAGAUGCACGGAACGUACGGACCGUGGCUAUCGCGGUUACACAGCAGCACUGGCUGCUGGGCCUUCCUGCCUGCAAAAACCUUCCUCCUUGUUGACCUGGGUGUAGGUUUGGUGUCCGUAGGUGGAGUCGCAACACAGGGCUGUAAUAAUGAUGAGCACGACUUGUAUGGAUACGUGUUGGAGUAUCUGUUAUCAUUUAGUGAUGAUGGAACUGGAUGGUAUUACUAUCUAGAGGAAAGAUUUCCCAAGGUCUUCAGCGGCAACACCUAUAAAGAACAGGACCUCCCAGUGCGACACGUCUUCAUCCGGGCAUUUUACACUCGCUACGUCAAGUUCCACGUGACUCGAUGGGCAACAACUAUGCCCACGCUCUCGCUAAGAGUGGAAAUUUAUGGCAAAAGAAUUGAGGACGAGUUGCUUGUGGUUACGAACACCUCCUUCAGUGCUUCAAGUUUUCGAUAUCCGCUGACACCACAGGACAGCAUACUCAGCGGCAACAAGUCUUGGUGUGCUGAGUUCGAUGACGAUGUGCAAUACCUAGAAAUCGACCUCAAGCGAAACAGCCACGUCACAGAGAUCAUUACUCAAGGAGCUGUCGACGAGGACGCCUGGGUUGAGACCUACACGGUUUCUUAUGGACAUUCUGGUGACAUAUGGAAACAAUAUAAAGAGAACGGUUCUUUAAAGCACUUCCAAGGAAAUAACGACAGCACGUCUGUUGCCACUCGCCAAUUUAUGAAACAUGUUUUGGCACGAUUUAUCAGGAUCCAUCCAGUCAGUUGGGUUGGUCAUGUGUGUAUGCGAGUGGACAUACGGAGUAGGGGUCGCAGUACACCUCUGGGAAUUCAGAAACAAAAGCUUAAUAAUUCAGCCAUGACGGCCUCCAGUCAUGCAGGGCCAGGUAACGAGCCUUGGAGAGCCCGCCUAGCUGUUGGAUUCCAGAGCGAAACUUGGCGCGCGGGAGAAGAUAACAGUCAACAGUACUUACAGAUUGACCUAGGAACUAGCCAUAACAUCACUCAAGUGGCCACUCAAGGUAGUCACGUGAUGAAUGAUAGUUGUUGGGUGACGCAGUACAAUUUGUCGUACAGUUUGGAUGGGUCUUCGUGGGAAUUGUACAUCGAAAAUGAGACUGCAAAGGUAUUCCUGGGGAACACCGACGACCAUGGCAUCGUCAAACAUGGAAUGAGCCACGAAANUGGGAAUUGUACAUCGAAAAUGAGACUGCAAAGAAAUGUAUUCCUGGGGAACACCGACGACCAUGGCAUCGUCAAACAUGGAAUGAGCCACGAAAUAAAAGCUCGUUAUGUCAGGUUUCUUUCUGUCACGUGGUUUAAUCACGUGUGCAUGAAAGUUGAACUGUAUGGUUAUCAAGUGUUUAAAGUUUUGAUGUCCUCUCAAGCUUUACGAAUGUAUAGCGACAUUGCUGACAAACUCAUUACAACGUCUGGUCAAGUCUGUACGGACUUUACCAGCGAUAUUUGUGGCUUCCCUCUUGGUGUGAAUAAUGGCGAAUUGUUGGACGAUUUAUUCACAGCCAGUAGUUACAACGUUAACAACGAGCCUUGGAGUGCACGACUAAACCGCGUGAUUGGUGGUGGAGGCUGGUGCGCUGCCAACAACAUAACAGGAGAAUAUCUACUUAUUGACCUGGGAGAAAAGAAAAGAGUGACUGGGAUAUCGACCCAAGGAAAGCAUGGAAAGGAUGCAAAGUGGGUCACAGAAUAUACGGUGUCCUCGGCAAAUGGAUUGGACAAUUUGCAACCUUACAUGGUUGAUGGCAAUAUCAAGAUAUUUACCGGCAAUUCGGACGGGGCAUCGACUGUGAAAAACCAGCUGAAGAAUGUUACGAGUGUCAGGUACAUUCGCUUUCAUCCUAAGAAAUGGAACAUUCGCGCAUGCGUAAGGAUCGAACUGUACGGAUGCAAAGUCUUCAACGAACAGAUCUUGACACCUUUGGGGAUGAGCGACCACCGAAUCGCUGACAGCAAUAUCUUCGCCUCGGACAGCUUUGAGUCAGAGAUGCACGGAACGUACGGACCGUGGCUAUCGCGGUUACACAGCAGCACUGGCUGCUGGGCCUUCCUGCCUGCAAAAACCUUCCUCCUUGUUGACCUGGGUGUAGGUUUGGUGUCCGUAGGUGGAGUCGCAACACAGGGCUGUAAUAAUGAUGAGCACGACUUGUAUGGAUACGUGUUGGAGUAUCUGUUAUCAUUUAGUGAUGAUGGAACUGGAUGGUAUUACUAUCUAGAGGAAAGAUUUCCCAAGGUCUUCAGCGGCAACACCUAUAAAGAACAGGACCUCCCAGUGCGACACGUCUUCAUCCGGGCAUUUUACACUCGCUACGUCAAGUUCCACGUGACUCGAUGGGCAACAACUAUGCCCACGCUCUCGCUAAGAGUGGAAAUUUAUGGCAAAAGAAUUGAGGACGAGUUGCUUGUGGUUACGAACACCUCCUUCAGUGCUUCAAGUUUUCGAUAUCCGCUGACACCACAGGACAGCAUACUCAGCGGCAACAAGUCUUGGUGUGCUGAGUUCGAUGACGAUGUGCAAUACCUAGAAAUCGACCUCAAGCGAAACAGCCACGUCACAGAGAUCAUUACUCAAGGAGCUGUCGACGAGGACGCCUGGGUUGAGACCUACACGGUUUCUUAUGGACAUUCUGGUGACAUAUGGAAACAAUAUAAAGAGAACGGUUCUUUAAAGCACUUCCAAGGAAAUAACGACAGCACGUCUGUUGCCACUCGCCAAUUUAUGAAACAUGUUUUGGCACGAUUUAUCAGGAUCCAUCCAGUCAGUUGGGUUGGUCAUGUGUGUAUGCGAGUGGACAUACGGAGUAGGGGUCGCAGUACACCUCUGGGAAUUCAGAAACAAAAGCUUAAUAAUUCAGCCAUGACGGCCUCCAGUCAUGCAGGGCCAGGUAACGAGCCUUGGAGAGCCCGCCUAGCUGUUGGAUUCCAGAGCGAAACUUGGCGCGCGGGAGAAGAUAACAGUCAACAGUACUUACAGAUUGACCUAGGAACUAGCCAUAACAUCACUCAAGUGGCCACUCAAGGUAGUCACGUGAUGAAUGAUAGUUGUUGGGUGACGCAGUACAAUUUGUCGUACAGUUUGGAUGGGUCUUCGUGGGAAUUGUACAUCGAAAAUGAGACUGCAAAGGUAUUCCUGGGGAACACCGACGACCAUGGCAUCGUCAAACAUGGAAUGAGCCACGAAAUAAAAGCUCGUUAUGUCAGGUUUCUUUCUGUCACGUGGUUUAAUCACGUGUGCAUGAAAGUUGAACUGUAUGGUUAUCAAGUUUGUGGCUUCCCUCUUGGUGUGAAUAAUGGCGAAUUGUUGGACGAUUUAUUCACAGCCAGUAGUUACAACGUUAACAACGAGCCUUGGAGUGCACGACUAAACCGCGUGAUUGGUGGUGGAGGCUGGUGCGCUGCCAACAACAUAACAGGAGAAUAUCUACUUAUUGACCUGGGAGAAAAGAAAAGAGUGACUGGGAUAUCGACCCAAGGAAAGCAUGGAAAGGAUGCAAAGUGGGUCACAGAAUAUACGGUGUCCUCGGCAAAUGGAUUGGACAAUUUGCAACCUUACAUGGUUGAUGGCAAUAUCAAGGUUUUCAAAGGGAAUGUUGAUCAGUUUACUGCAAUUACGCACCAUCUUGAUCCCACAUCUCUACGGUUCAUCAAGUUUCACGUGAAGUCCUGGCACGAAGGAAUUUGCAUGAGAGUAGAAAUCCUUGGAUGUGAUGUUGACGUCGUGAAUGGUGGAUACACCGAUUGGUCUGCUUGGUCAGCGUGCAGUGCCUCUUGCGCAGGGGGACAGCAAUACAGAGAGCGCGUCUGUGAAAAUCCAAAGAAACAAAAUGGCGGAAAGGAUUGCUCACUUUUGGGACCGGAUAAAGAAGAAAAGAUUUGUAACACGCACCUUUGUCCAGGUGGGAUGUUAAACUAUUUGUUAGUGUGAAAGAUUGUCAUA